GAGAGGUGUAGUGCUGGACUGUCUCAGAUCACUCCUCGGUGCUAUUGGAGGUAGACCGCAGCCGGCAGCAUGAUUCUGUUGACACUCGGACUAUAUUUUCAACUCCUCUGCUAUGUGGCAUCAUUCUCUUAUGUGGAUAAUAUAUUCCCUCAUCCAACAGAUCUCCUGUUGCUGGAAACCAGAAAGAAAUUCAACCCCUGCUGUUUACUGAGUCCGCCUCCACCCCCCCUCUUCCUUCCACCCCCUUCGCUGUGGCAGCAGGGUCCUCUGACUGUGACUGUUGUUCAACCAAAUGAAUGUAACUCAGAAGAUGAGCACAAUCCCACACCCCCCACGUGUUGCCCAGGGCCUCCAGGACCAGCAGGACCUCCUGGCAUUCAGGGUCCAGCUGGACUGCCAGGACCAAAGGGAUCAAAGGGAGAUAAGGGUGAAAUUGGAAGACCUGGACAAAAGGGACACACUGGCCUUCCUGGUCUUCCAGGGCGAAAGGGACCAAGUGGAUUGCAAGGACCAACUGGGCCUAAAGGGGAGAAAGGCGACCCUGGGCUGAUGGGCAUGCCAGGGGCAAGAGGACCAAUUGGACCCAAGGGCUUACCUGGACAUAAGGGUGAAAAAGGCUCACAAGGUUUAAGAGGUGUAACUGGCUCAAAAGGAGACAAGGGAUCAAUUGGUCUUCCUGGAAUGCUUGGGCGGAAGGGUGAAAUGGGCCCAAAAGGAGAACCUGGAAGCGCAGGGAACAGGGGACCCACCGGCCGCCCAGGAAAAAGAGGAAAGCAGGGCGCAAAAGGUGACACUGGUGCAACUGGACCCAUGGGUCCUGCAGGCCCUCAGGGGGUCCCGGGUCACCCUGGCCCUCCUGGUUUGCCCACCUCAGGACUGUACAUGGUAGGACAGAAAGGGGAGAAGGGACAAACCAGCAGAACAGGCCGCUGUGGCUGCAGUGCCGCCUCGAGUGCCAGCCCUUCCUUUGACCACUGGGGUAGCUAUCCCAGAGUUCCAGCGAUAUUUGUGGUAAAUAACGAACAGGAGCUGAACCGCCUCAAGACUGAUAAUGCUUUGGCCUUCCGUAAAGAUCAGAGGUCACUUUACUUCAAAGACACUGACGGCUGGAUGCCAAUUCAGUUAAUACCGUUCCAGUCGAUGGAGCGUGAUGCCGACCAGGAGGGCUUCUGCGGAGACAGCAUCGUGCAAGUUGAGAACAGAGAGGAGUGUGAUGACGGAAAUAAGGUGGUCACAGAUGGCUGUGUCAAGUGCAAACUUGCAUAUUGUGGGGAUGGAUAUCGCUAUGAAGAAGCAGAGGAGUGUGAUGGAAAGGAUUUUGGCUUUCACACAUGCAGAUCCUUUUUGCCUGGAUCUUAUGGAAAUCUCAAGUGCACAGCUGACUGUUUCAUUGACUCAACAAACUGCAAGUAUUUCACAUGAGGACACAAGAAAGCAGUGUCUUAUUUCAGCUGACGAGAUCCAUAUAAACGACGAAACUGAAAACGUAGAUUCAGCAAAUAAACUGAGUGUAAAAAUUAUUGAGGGAAUUAUCACAAACACAUUAGCUGAGCUGUUGACGUGAUGCUGAGAGGCCAUGUAGCUCACUCGGGAAAAGAAUGCUCAGCAAAGUCAAGGUUGUGCUUGCACACUUAAGAACUCUAACAGGACUUCAGACGCCAUUCUCUGUUUAUUCAGCCUCUGCUGCCUGCCGCUCAGCCCUGGCUCGAUGUUUGGCCAGAGUGUUUGGCCACACUAAGAGGAAACAGGUAAGUUGGGUGCCUCUUGGAGAUGGGUAAAGGACUCCUCAAUACCUCAAAGUACUGUAGUAUUGUUUCAGAGGAAAGCCGUUUUCUCCUGGUCAACCCCACCUUCCUCACACAGGAUGGUCUGUAUGUGGAAUGCAAUGUGACUUUGUUACAAUAGUAUUUUGCAUGAGGCUGAGAUUGCUGUAGACAUGUCAGCAAAGAUCAUUACCAAGGCAUGUACCUGAAAAAACAAAAGUGGCUCAUAUCUUUAAAUGUAAUAUUAUGUAGGCUUACACCACACUGGUGCUUGGCCCUGAAAGAAACCGAAUAAUUUCAUUAUCUUAAAUGACACUGAUGAUCAUUAAGGUUAGUACAGUUUUGCAUACUAGGUUCAAAAUUAGCUUGUUGCCAUUCAGCCCAAUAGUGGGUAAAUUUAAGAAAAAAAUUAAUUUAAGAGCUCAUAAAAUGGCACAAUUAUAAGCCAAAUGACUGUUUAAUCGAUAAUGAUAUUUGUUCAGAAGUACCAACAUAAAAUAUACCAUCAUUCAGUAUUUUAUAUAUAUUUUUUGAUAGUAAUCAAACAUCACAAAAAAUGAUUCAUGAUUCAGUGAGGGAGUCAAAUAUUCACUGACUGAGUCUGAUUCAAACCACUUACUCAAAAGCAAAUUCAAGGCUGUGUCGUAAAGAAAUGUUAGAUAUGCGUUUAUCAAUAAAUAUGUUAGGUAAAUGUGACCCAAAGUAAAGAGGGCACAGGAAAGGGAAUGUAUAUUCUGAUUGGAAUUCACCCUAUAAUGAUGCUUUUGUUCAUAUCUUUGCAAAUUAGGCAUCACGGUUCGCACAAUUUGUUCCUGUGUUCAAGAAACACUAGCAUGACCUCUUAUGAGAUCAGAAUCAUGAAAUCACAAAUGGAAACAAUGACUAGACUUUGAAUUUUGUUGAAGUAAGGUACAUAUUUGUCACAUUUUCGACCAUUUUACUCGCCCUUAUUUGAAACGCUACCUCUCAUAAACAAUUUUUACACUAGUUUUGGUGGUUUCUUGCCAUUUGCAUUAUGUUUCGGUGACCCAAAUGGCCAGUAAAUCCAUUUACUUACUUAGCAAAUUCCCAUUUUACGUCAGUUUGGCACAUGGCAGGUGUUAUUUUUGGACCCUAGGUAUAAAACGUGUUUUCACAGACUACUUAAUGUGAAAAAAGGCAGCAUAAACUUAAUAAUACUAAUAAACAGUAAACACAAUAAUAAUACUGACUGACGAUAUAUUAUUAUGGAUGUUUAAGAUUAGAAGACCCUGCUUUCCAGGCUCUCGGUAUGUUUUUGGGGGUCACACUUAGUUUAACAUUUUCAUCAUAUCUCAGGAAACCACUUAAAGAUAUCCAUAACCCCUCCACCUCCAUGUGUGGAGUAGGGUGCACAUAUUCCACAAUUUAGCUUAGUUCCACGCUGCUGUCUUGUGCUUCGAGAUCUUGAAGUAAAGCAAACACUGAAUGCUUAUUUAUUUGGGUUAUGGGUCUGAAGAUCUUAAAAAAUGGAGGAAUAACCCACCGAACUCAUGAGGAAACCUAAAUGUUUUAAAAGUUGGCAAUUUGUGUGAACUCAUACGAUGUGAUCUGUAGACAAACAAAGCAUGACGCUCUGUCCCUAAACUUAACUAUCAGUGGGGCGUUAAGCAGAUUGUGUGAAAAUAUAGGAAUGGGAUUGUACGAAUUCAUUCAACAUUGCCAUCAGUUCAUCAAAAUAGUUUGGAAUUGCUGUGAGGUUGUGUUGGUAAAACCAUACAGUAUGUGAAGGCUCUAAAGCUGUUUUUAAACAUUUUGUACUGUCUUCUAUUGCAGAGGUAGCAUUUAGCUGCUAUUCAGGCUAAAGACUGUUGGAUUAAGGCUGGACUGUUUAGAUUGUCCCAAAGGCUUUAAACUGAUUUAUACCCAGUGCCAAAGUCCAGUCUGAAUAUACCUCAGCAUAUAUGGUGUGCUUUAGCCUUUGUGAUUACAGGACCUGAGGUGUAGCAUAUAGCACUUACUUACUGUUAAAUUCAGUGAAUUCUUGCUUACGUAUCUUUUGAAUUACAUGACUAGUCAGUCUUCCAUAAGCUCUGAUGCAUUUGCUUCAGAAACCUCUUUGCUUACAUUUCUGGGAUGAUAUUCCUGAUUUACCUGUAGAUUUCAUGUAAAAUAUUAUGGAUAUAUUAUCGAAAUAAGUGUCUUGAAUUUAUUAUUCUGGUGAAACUGCAUGUUUAUAUUGUAUACUCUUGUUAAAAAGAGCAAAAUUGCCACACACAUUAAUGGCCUAUAACAGGCAGACAUUUUUUUAUUUAAAGUGCAAUUUGCUCGUAACUGACUGUUAUCCUCAUUUUUGUACAAAUUGAGGAAAGAUGUUAAAAUCAAAUGUUGCACAACAAACAAAUACAAAAGAGACUGAAUGUUUUGUCGUAGUGUAAUUUGAAAGCUGUUCUCAGUAUACUGUCUUGUAAUGAUGUUAAAAUAAAGCUUGAAAAGCUAA